AUGAUUGGUCAAGGCGAUUGGUUUGGCGAUUGUUGUGGCGAUCGAAUUUCCGGCGAAGAAACAUCAGAAUCGGGUCGUCUCUGCCGUAGAAAGCUUCGCCAUAGGAAGAGGAGAAUCUCUGAAGACGAAGAACGGAUCGCGAUAGAAGGUUGUAUCACCACAAAGGAGCUUGGGACAGUGAUGAGAUCACUUGGGCAGAACCCAAUAGAAGCUGAGCUCCAGGACAUGAUCCACGAAGUUGAUGCAGACUGAGUAUCUAUCUCACCAUAAAAAGAAGAAAAUUAGAAAACUAAGUAAAAAUGUAUAGACAUUUUCCCCUAUUUAAAUUAUUACAUUAGCUCUUUGAGUUUGAUAUUUGGAACUAUAUAAUAUACAUCUAUAGAAAAGUUUGUUUUAUAUGAUUUUUAUUUUA